AUGUCUUCUACACAGGAUAUCCAGACCCGCGUUGUUGGCGCUCCCAACACGCUUGAAUACCGCGUUUUUCUCGAAUCUAAGUCGACGGGACAGCCCCUCUCGGCGUUUCACGACGUGCCGCUGUUUGCCGACGAGGCCAACGGUAUCCUCAACUUUAUCGUCGAGAUCCCCCGCUGGACCAACGCCAAGGUCGAGAUCAGCAAAGAUGAAGUGCUGAAUCCGUUCAAGCAGGACACAAAGAAGGGCAAGUUGCGUUUUGUGCGCAACUGCUUCCCCCACAAGGGUUACAUCUGGAACUAUGGUGCCUUCCCGCAGACCUGGGAGGACCCUUCCUCUGUGCACCCGGACACCAAGGCUGCUGGCGACAACGAUCCGCUUGAUGUCAUUGAGAUCGGCGAAAAUGUCGGCUACACGGGCCAGAUCAAGCAGGUCAAGGUGCUCGGUGUCAUGGCGCUGCUCGACGAAGGCGAGACCGACUGGAAGGUGAUUGCCAUCGACGUCAAUGACCCGCUCGCUUCGAAGCUGAACGACAUUGAGGACGUUGAGCGCCACCUACCCGGCCUGAUCCGCGCUACCAACGAGUGGUUCCGCAUCUACAAAAUCCCCGAUGGCAAGCCCGAGAACCAGUUUGCCUUUUCGGGCGAGGCCAAGAACCGUGCCUAUGCCAUGGAGGUCAUCCACGAGUGCAGCGAGUCCUGGCGUCGUCUUAUCGGUGGCCAGACUAAGGCGGACGAUGUGCAGAUUGUCAACACCACUGUGCAAGGAAGCAGCCGCUUGACCAGCGCCAACGACGCUGCCGUUGCGUCGCUGCCGACUGCCAACCCGCAGCCGCCAGCACCGAUCGACCCGAGCGUCGACAAGUGGUUCUUUAUUAGCGCAGCAAACUAA